UCCGUCCGCGCCUCCUGCUCCGUCAUGGCGGCCCUCAGCAAGUCCAUUCCUCACAACUGCUACGAGGUCGGCCACACUUGGAACCCUUCCUGCCGGCUCUCCUUCCUGCAGAUCACCUGGGCCGCCCUGGAGGAGUCCCUGAAGAUCUACGCCCCGCUGUACCUGAUUGCUGCAAUUCUCCGGAAACGAAAAUUUGAGUAUUAUUUACACAAACUACUCCCAGAGAUCCUACAGUCCGCUUCAUUUUUGACUGCUAAUGGGGCCUUCUAUAUUCUUUUCUUUUGCCUUUUAAGGAAGAUACUUGGAAAAUUUUAUGCGUGGACUCCUGGUUUCGGUGCCGCCUUGCCAGCAUCUUAUAUGGCCAUUCUAAUUGAGAGGAAAAGCAGGAGAGGGCUGCUCACUAUUUAUAUGGCCAACUUGGCCACAGAGACGCUGUUUAGAAUGGGCGUGGCAAGAGGCGCUGUUACAACAUUAAGGAAUGGAGAGGUCCUUUUGUUCUGCAUCACAGCGGCCAUGUAUAUGUUCUUUUUCAGGUGCAAAGAUGGCUUGAAAGGAUUUACCUUUUCAGCACUUAGGUUCAUUGUAGGGAAGGAAGAAAUUCCCACACAUUCUUACUCGCCAGAGGCAGCUUAUGCAAAAGUGGAGCAGAGGAGAGAGGAGCAUGAGGAAAAGCCGAGAGGAAUGAAUGUCAUUGCUCUAGUCCGGAGAUUUGUGGACGCAGUGUGCAAGCAUGGCCCAAGGCAUAGGUGUUGCAAACACUACGAAGAUAAUUGCAUUUCCUAUUGCAUUAAAGGUUUUAUCAGAAUGUUUAGCGUGGGAUACUUGAUUCAGUGCUGCCUCCGAAUCCCUUCUGCGUUCCGGCAUCUGUUUACACAGCCAUCCAGGCUGCUUUCCCUGUUCUACAACAAAGAGAACUUCCAGCUUGGUGCUUUCCUGGGCUCUUUCGUUAGUAUUUACAAGGGUACUAGCUGCUUCUUGCGCUGGAUCCGAAAUCUGGAUGAUGAACUACAUGCUAUUGUAGCUGGAUUUUUGGCAGGUAUAUCAAUGAUGUUUUAUAAAAGCACAACAAUUUCCAUGUAUUUAGCAUCCAAAUUGGUGGAGACUAUAUAUUUCAAAGGCAUUCAAGCAGGAAAGGUUCCCUAUUUUCCUCAUGCAGAUACCAUCAUUUACUCCAUCUCUACAGCAAUUUGUUUCCAUGCAGCUGUAAUGGAAGUUCAGAACUUGCGGCCGUCUUACUGGAAGUUCCUUCUGAGACUCACCAAGGGAAGAUUUGCUGUAAUGAAUCGAAAAGCCCUUGAUGUUUUUGGCACUGGUGCAUCUAAAAAUUUUCAGGAUUUCACCCCCAGAUUGGAUCCAAGAUACACAGUUGAAACACCAGAGUUGCCCAUAGAGUUCUCUUGAAGACAGCUAUAAUUUAUUAAUGACUCUAUGUCCCGUCAUCAUUGUGCUGAAGGGUUAUGUUUAACACAAAGAAGGGGGCCCGAGCUCAGACUUCAGUGUUACUUCAUUGAGAGAUUUUUGUUGUUUUAUUACCAAUCAAAUACAGAAGCUUUUUAGGAAGGUGUUGCUUAAUAAUUAAGCUUCUUAUAUAGCCAGAAUCUAAUUCUGAAUCACAAUAGUGGUUGACAUUAUGAUGUAUUAUUGAUUAAAUUAUGUCCAUAAACAAUGUUGAGUGAUCUAUGUAGAGUAUGUUUAAAAUUAGUUUAAAAGAUACCUUUGUUUCAUUCCAAUGUAAUUCCUGGUUAAAACUAAGAAUGUUUCUACAUGUUAGGAUUUACAAAGGAUCACGGGUACCUGGAUUUGGUCUGUAUUUUUUUAAAGUUGAAUUGUUAUUUGUAGAGGUGAAAGGUUAGAUUUGAAAGACACUUCAUGGACAAUGCUGCUUUAGUAUCGAGCAGUGUAAUUAGAGAAAGCAGCCUUUUGUGUGUCCGGGAUGUGAAGUGGGUCUUACCGGUAUAGGUGCAGGCUGUGCUGUGUGCUCCUCACGCCAGCUGGCGGCACGGCCUCUCCCCAACCAGCCGAGCUGCUUGGCAGCCCAGUGAACUUACUUAGUAACAGUUAGGAACAAAUGAAAUCCACACAUCUGAUAUAGUUGAAAUGUAUGUUUUAAUCUUUUACAAUAGGAUUACACUUGAAUAUUUAAAAGCAAAUCAUUUAAACCUAUAGAAAUAUUAUAUAUAUAGAUAUAUUUUUCAUUUAUAGAGACUAAAUUCUUUAUUGUUCACUUUGUAUGCUAUUGUUGUUUUGGAAGAGAUCAAAGUCCUAUAGGUCAAAAGUUUUGACGAGUUUAGCAGUUUGUAUCUACUCCCUGUUUGCCCUACAUAAUGGACAUUUUACAGCUAAAAACAAUAUUCAAACGCAGUGGUUAGUUAGUAGUCCAUUCUAUUUCUAACUGGAUUCGUGUUCUCCAGCUUACUUUUCAGAAAUCCGUGUCAUUCUUCUUACUCUGGAUUAAAGAAGUGACAAAAUAUAGUCAAAGUUGAUUAUAAAAUUCAGGACAGCUGAUGGAAAUAACACUAUUUCAUGCUUUUCGGGGAAAGCUUAUAUUUCUCUAAAUAAGAAACUUAAAUGAUUGUGAUGUCUCCAGUUAAUGUAACAUAUAGGAAUGGCGGAGGGUUUUUAAAGUAUAAUUUUGUUGCUAAAAGUUUGUAAGCCAUUGUAAAUUAUUCAGUAGAAUGUGUGUUGCAGCUGGAGUCAUAACCAAGGUGUUAAAAGUGCUUCGUCCCGUACUUGAUUCCAUCAAGCACUGUAUACUUGGGCUUAUAUGUAAUCGGACCCUUGGUUGCCGUAGGAAAUUGAAGCCCAACGAAGAGACCAACUCUAGCGAGCAGUAACAGAGAGCUGCUUUUUGUCAAAAUUUCACAUUGUGAUUGACUUUUUAGGGUGGGCUUGUCUCUGUGAUGAUACUGUUGAAAGAUCAUUUUGGUUUCAGACUUCAACUCUGAUUAGUAUAUAUAAUUCUAAGUUCUUAUUCACUGGACUCAAGCUGACGAGUGGUGCUGUGUUUAGUUCUAGAGAUGAAGUAUUAAAGCACUGAGACAGCACAGCUACCUGCACCGCAGUUUUUUUGUUCAAAAUUUAUGUUUAUAAUACUUUCCUCUUAGGUUAAAAAAAUUUUAAUCUCUAAGUUAUUAUUUUCGUUGACAUUAAAGACUGUGAUAUUCAAAGACAAAUUCUGUUGCAAUUUGCUAAGAUUGUAUAGUAAAAAUCUGCUGAUCAAAAAGUUGAA